GAGCUGAGGCGGCGGCGCCGGCCCGCGCGCCCUUUGGGGCCGCCCCCGCAUCCCGCUCGCCGGCGUCUGGCUCUCAUGAUGAUGAAGAAGAAGAAGUUUAAGUUUAAGGUGGACUUUGAGCUCGAAGAGCUCUCCUCGGUGCCCUUCGUCAACGGGGUCCUCUUCUGCAAGAUGCGGCUGCUGGACGGCGGCAGCUUCGCCGCGGAGUCCCCCAGGGAAGUGGUGCAAGCAAACUGUGUUCACUGGAGGAAGAAGUUCUCAUUUAUGUGCAAAAUGAGUGCAAGUGCCACCACCGGGAUCCUGGAUCCUUGUAUCUACAGAGUAUCUGUGAGGAAGGAAUUAAAAGGUGGAAAAGCAUAUGCAAAGCUGGGCUUUGCAGAUCUAAACCUGGCAGAGUUUGCUGGAUCAGGAAAUACCACUCGUCGCUGUUUACUGGAAGGCUAUGAUACCAAAAAUACAAGACAGGAUAAUUCCAUUCUUAAAGUUUUGAUCAGUAUGCAGCUGAUGUCUGGCGACCCAUGUUUUAAAACGCCUCCUUCUACAUCGAUGUCUAUACCAAUUGCUGGUGAAUCUGAAUCUCUGGAAGAAGAUAGAAAAGGUGGCGAGACUCUCAAAAUCCAUCUUGGAAUAGCAGAUCUUUCAGCAAAGAGCGCCUCUGUUCCAGAUGAGCUUGGUGCCUGUGGACAUUCUAGAACAUCAAGCUAUGCAAGCCAGCAGUCAAAAGUAUCAGGGUAUAGCUCGUGCCACUCCCGGUCAUCCAGCUUCUCUGAGCUCGGCCACAGGAGAAACACCUCAGUGGGAAGCACAUCAACAGGAAUUGAAAGUAUUCUCGAGCCAUGUGAUGAAACUGAGCAAAAAAUAGCCGAACCAAAUCUUGAUACAGCUGCCACAGAAGAUACAGCUUCAGAACUGCUCAACAGAUGCCCAGUGAAGCAAGAUUCUGUAGAAUCUCAGCUGAAGCGAGUUGAUGACACCAGAGUGGAUGCAGAUGAUAUUGUAGAGAAAAUACUGCAGAGUCAAGACUUCAGCCUCGAUUCCAGUGCAGAAGAAGAAGGACUGAGGUUAUUUGUGGGUCCCGGGGGAAGGACGACCUUCGGCAGCCGUCAUCUUCCAAACAGGGUGGGGUCUGGAGCUUAUGAACAAGUUGUGAUCAAACGCUAGAUGUCAAGCUGGUGAACGGAAGCUUCUUCCCUGGGGUUUGAGACCCGGGCAAUCCAGCUGUCAAGGAACUUCAUUCAAGCACUUAGGAGAAAACGAACGUAUUUGAAAAAUGAAGUACGUUCCUCUACCAAGAGGAAAGCCGACACUGAUUUCUUCUCUCCAAGUGCGCCACCAUCCUAUGCCACCCACCAAAGGGAACCCCAGAACCGGAGUAUCCAGGUGCUGUGCCACGUGUGUUUAGAGACACACAGCUUCUAAACUUCACUGCACACGAUAAUGAAAAGCCUGCUCUUUCUUCCCAAACAUCCAGAUGAGGAAAACAACACUAUACGUCUGAGUAUAGCUCAGUCCUGAAGUUUAAAACCUAUAGUAGAGGUGCUCAACAGGUUUGGGCUCUAAUUAUGUAAUGCUAAUGUUUGGGACAUAGAAAGUGAAUGACUUGAACCCUAUUAAUUCUGUCAAGAUAGUUAUAAUCUCUUAAGGAAAUCUUCCAUAAUGUUAUAUGCUACCAACGGUAUUGUACUAGGCUUAUUAACUCUUCUUGAUUAAAUAAUUGAUAGAAUGUUUGGGUGUUCAUGCUUUGGGGAAAUAUUAUACUACAGUUGAAGUAUAUAGAAUGCUUAAUUCUAAACGUAUCUGUCACAAGUGGAGUAAGUGUGUUUAAGUCUGAGAUAUGUGAAUAAGUGUAACGCCGUUAUUAUGCAGCAUGCACUGUUUCUUCAUGUUAGAUGAGCUGCAGAACUCUGACUAGCACCGUAUAUGAGAUCCAAGCUAAGUUUGGUAUUCAACAUGGUAGGCUCCCAUAAAGCACUGUCAGAGCUGUUCUAAUUGAAUAAUAUCUGCUGAUCUCAGGGAUCAGAAUUCAGAACAGGAGGCAAAUUGUAGCAUCAAAAACCAAGCAGCCUUUUCUGUGUAAGUUCAAACUUAUAUGAAACUGAAAAGUAUUCCAAGGAGGUGGCACAUACGUCAGGGGACAGCUGCUUGACAUUACUGACAUGGACUCACGGUUUUCUGUUUUAGCUCCCCACGAUGGGAUAGUAUGUUUUUUCCUUUGCCAUAACAGUCGUUAGAUGGAGAUAGUAAAACAUAACACAAUCCAGUGCAGCUUUUAAAGUAAGUAUUAUCUGAUCUGGAUCCAGUUUAACAAGCUCAGAAGAUAGAUCAUCUUUUUAUCAGGUGGGAAGAGUUUUUCUGGUCUUACAUAACAAACUUUAAUUUUCUUGACUUAAUUUUAAUCAUUCAGUCACUGAAGAAAAAUGUUGAUUCUGUAGAACUGGUGAUUCCCAGUCCUUACUUUCAAAAUCCAGCCAAAAAAAAAUGUGGUAUGUUUGAAUAACUUUGGUCUAAAUAUUUUGUUUUGGCAAAGUAAAGGGAAAAUAUAUUAAAAAUAUUUCAAUAUCUAAAUUUAAAGUCUUAGAAACACCUUGAGUAGUUCAUGUUAUGGUUUUUGGUUUUUUAACAUUUCAAGGAUUGGGUAUUCUAAAUUAAUCCAAUACUACUGUUGUACAUAUAUUUUUUUUAAUGUUAAACCCAUUUUAGAACAUUUUGAAUGUUGAGAGAUAAGGUUUUUAGUCAUUAGUAAUACUUUAUUUUGCUUUGAAAGGAAAAAAAAUGACCUGAACAUUUUAGUCUAACCAAGGAAAAUGUUAGCUGAAGUGGUAAAGACUUGCUUGCUCUCUGUGAUUAACAAGUGAGUUGAUCCAUCCAGUAUAUAUGAUGGGGUGGGGGGAGGGUUCAGUUUUUAAUAGAGAUAAGAAGAUAGUGGUGGAGAUAUUUAUGAUGUUUUAAGAACAUAUUUUUCUAUUUUCAAAAUAUUGUUUCUAGACUAUAUUUUUCAUUGGCACUAAUAAAAAUAAUUUUGCAGUUUUGAAAAUAAGAACUAUAGAUUGUAAGCAAGGUUUAGCGAGGACAUCCUCAGAUAUGUGAAAAGGUGCUGUAAUCCAGGCACUGCCCGUCUGUCUCCCUCAUCCUGGCAUGCACUCUGCCUGAUACCUUUAUUCAAGACUGACUCUCAGUAUUUAAAAUGAUAUAGAAUUAAUUAUUUUUUAACAAAAUGUGGACAUCUUGAAAAGCAUAAAUAUGCCUUUAACAGUCACCAGAUGCAUCUUGAUUUAUGUAGUAUAAAAUCUUUUUUUUUAAUGUUUAUUUUUGAGAGCAUCUGUGCACGUGUGUGCACACACAUGCACCACGCAAGUA